AUGGCCAGAUGGCUAUUAUUGUUAUCAGAAUUUGACAUAACAUAUGUCAACCAAAAAUCCAUGAAAGGACGAGAAUUCUCUGACCAUUUAGCUGCACAUCCAAUGGAGUCGGAUUCACGACCAAUGGAAGACUCUUUUCCAGAAGAUAAUUUAGCAUUCAUGGAAGAAGAAGACUACAAGGACUGGUGGCAGUUGUAUUUUGACGAUGCAACCAACCAAAGAGGAUACGGGGAUGGAAUAUUGUUGAUAACCCUAGAAGACCUUUAUCUGCCACCUGCGUUCCGAUUAGAAUUCCCAUGUACCAACAACAUUGCGGAAUACGAAGCAUGUGUAAUUGGCCUAGAAGCUGCCAUGGCACUAGGAAUCAAGAAGUUGAGAGUCUAUGGGGACUCGUCAAUGGUAAUCUGUCAAACUCAGGGGGGAUGGAAAAUGAAAAACGAAAAGUUGAAGCCCUACCAAGAACAUUUGGAAGGAAUGAUUGAAAAUUUUGAGGAAAUCACCUUUGAAUAUUUGCCAAGAAUCAACAACAGAUUUGCAGACGCUUUGGCCACCCUCGCCUCAAUGGUUGAGUGUAACUCCGAUGCCCAGAUUCGACCAUUUCUGGUAGACAAAAGAUGUGAACCGGCAUAUGAAGAAUCGGUGAAUGCUCUGACAGCCAAUGGAAGAGUAUGGUUCGCACCCAUAAUUGAUUUCAUCAGAGAAAGGAAAUAUCCUGAACAUCUCACAAUGGGUGAAAGGAAGCGGCUACUAAAGUAUGCUACAUAA